AUGGAGGAGUUUCGUCCUAUUUCAUGUUGUAAUGUUGUGUAUAAGUGUAUCUCGAGGAUCUUAGCUGAGAGGUUGCGGUUGUGGUUGCCUGGUUUCAUUAGUGGUAAUCAGUUUGCGUUUGUUCUGGGUACGCCCCUUCAGUUUGUUAGAUGGGUGAGGGCUUGUGUUACUUCGCCUAAGUUCUCUGUCAUGAUUAAUGGUUCCCUUGAAGGGGUUUUUCCUGACAAUUUGAUGAUUUUCUGUGUAGCUGAGAGAGAUUCUUUGGAGUUUAUGAGGCAGGUAUUGACAGAGUUUGCUGAGUUGUCUAGGUUAGUUGCAAAUGUUGGGAAGAGUUCCAUGUUUGUUACGGGUAUGGAUUCUAGAGAGGCGGAAGAACUAGCUGCGUAUAUGGGUGUCUCUCUUGGUACGUUGCCUGUUAGCUNGUUAGUUGCAAAUGUUGGGAAGAGUUCCAUGUUUGUUGCGGGUGUGGAGUCGGAGGAGGCGGAGAAACUAACUGCGUAUAUGGGUGUCUCUCUUGGUUCGUUGCCUGUUAGGUAUCUGAGUUUACCUUUAUUGGCGGAUCGGUUGAGGGCUGUAGAUUGUGCGCCUUUGAUAUAUAGGAUUACAGCUCGUAUUAGAAGUUGGGCAGUGAGGUCUAUGGUGGUUCAUGAUGCAAGGAGUAGUUUGGAAGUGUGGUUGUCGGAGUUCAUAGAUGGUGAGGAAGGUUGGAGGUGGCCUACAGUGUCUUGGGAGCUGCUUGAGAUUUGGGGUUUUAUCCAAGUAGUGGGGCCUAGGGUGAGGGGAGAGGAUUAUUGGGUUUGGGUGCCGGAUGAGUGCAAUCGACGGCUGCAUGGAGGUCGACCGAGGUCGGUGUUUGCUCUGGUUCACCUUAUGGUCUCUACGGUUCGUGCUCGUGCUACUUCCUGGCAGGUUGACCUUCUUGGUCUUAUCUAG